AUGCAACACUCAUCGUCCGCAGACAUCGAGCUGGGGCGCCUCUCAAGCAGAGACCGCGACGGCUAUCGAGCGGUAGCCGCCUGGAUAGCGCGGGAUCCCGACAACGAAACCUUCAUCUACCAUCGCUUUGAUCAACUCAGUGCCAGAAAUCUGCUAUACCUUCAAAGCGAACUCCUGGCCUUAGAGCACUCUUUAGCACAACUCGAUGCGCAAGCCGCAAACGCCCAAGACCUUGAUUUGAAAGACUCGGCAAGGCGAUGGGAAGCGUUUUCCAAGAACGCAGAAAUCCGAGAUGAAGAGCGUGAGAGGAUGGAUAUAGUCAUCCAAAUUCGAGAGAAGAUGAAAGAGUAUCACAAGGCUCUGUUGCUCCAAAGCCAGGUCGCGAGACUGGACCGACCAAGUAAUCGAGUGGUGGAAGCGUUCCGCAUUUGGUUUGACGGUGGCAGACCAAAGAAGGGUAAUCCGAAACCUGAUCCUGUUCUCGGAGGUCGCGCGAAGUAUGCUCUCGACAACGAACAAGAUUUAGUAGCUUUGAAGACUCCUGCGGACGACGAUUUCCUCUCGCGAUUCCUGCAGGAUCACUGGCCUGUUACUAGCCGUCAAACCGGUGGUGACCCAACAGGCCACUAUCAAGAACGCCAUGUUGUCUGGGCAGUGGCCAUCAUCAGCACAUUGAUUGCAUCCGUACUACUCGUGGGAGCUAUCGUGGGACUCUAUGCCGUGCAACCUCCCAAGGCUCGACUUGGAAUGAUAGGAGGCUUCACGGCAUUGUUUGCCCUCAGCGUGAUUCUACUCACGAAUGCGAGGCGAGCGGAGGUAUUUGCAGCGACCGCAGCGCAAGUUAUCUUGACCAGCAACAUCUUCUCGUAA